UCUGCCUUCUCUGCCUCAAGUGCACACCUACGUCAGUUAAAAAAAGCAGCAAAUCUGCAUUGAAUGAAAAGGUACUGCGUCCUUUAAAUGAUAUGUAAUAUCAUCGGCUCUGUUGAUUAUAAAGUGUCUUAUUUUCAGGAAGCAUAUUAUGCUGCCAUAGUGUCUUGAGCAGCCUGAAAAGCCGAAAAACUUUGAGAGCUUCAUUUGCAUUAUCAUUUUUCUUAAUGCAUACAUAACAUUUCACGUUUUACAAUCUUUUUAACCGAUUUUCUGCGAAAGAAGUGCAUUAAAUAAUUUAAGCCAACGUCGCGGGCUUUCACCAGAGAUCCUUGGGGAUACAUUUAGAUUUUUUCGCGCAUGCGUUUGGUGCCCUGACAAGGAGGAACUUGAUGAACUUCAUUUAAACAGCACCAUCUGCAGGUUUCAAUUAAUUAAUAAUAAAUUAAAUACACGUUCCCCAAGGAAACAAUGAAUUUUUGGUAUAUCUGACAAUUUCUAACUGACACCUGCAUACAAUUUGUAAACAUUUUCUUUUUCAGCGGUCUUGCCGGCACUCAUCAUUUUCAGUGAGAUUCUUUCAUGUGAAAAUCGCACAUCCACGCAAUCUAUUCCGGUAAAAGAGGAUAUUUAUGCAUACAUGAUUGUGUAAAUUUUAAGAUUGAGUCGAGCAAACAGCAUCCAUACGGCGCUUAACCAUGCACAAAGCUUCAGUGGAGGAGACUCUAAAACUGAAGCGGCUACAUGUCGAUCAGUGGUCCAUUCGUGAACAACUUGCAUUGGCAUCAUCGGUCCUUCGCAGUGGGGACCAAAAUUGGGAAUCUGUGAGCAGGGCCAUCAAACCGUACGGAGAGAAGGACAGACCGAACGAUUGGUUCUCUCAAAAGAACUGCGCCCUUCAGUACGAGAAACUGCUGGAGAAUGUCGAGACUCCCAAACGCCGGAGAGGCGACAAGGCCGAGGAAUCAAAGCCUUUUACUCCAGGCGAGCUUAUUGUUGAGAAGCUCCGGUCUCAGAGGCUGGAGGUAUUGCAGGCUUCGAUGGAGAACGCGAAGAAGCAGUAUGCAAAGACGAAACAAGAGUAUAUAAAAGUCAGUGUAAACGCGUCAGAGGAGUACCUUGACAAGAUGAUAGCUGAGAUGGAUGAGGAAGCUAAACAGGAGGAAGAAAAGAAAGAGCAUCAUAAAAUCAGGUUGAAAGAGAGGGAAGAAAAAAAUCAACAAGAUUCAACGAGCCUGGCGACGCCAUUCAUUCUUGAGAAAGAAGACACUGGAGAUGAGCGCGAGCAAACAGCAACCAUAGGGCACUUAACCAUGCACAAAUUUUCAAUGGAGGAGACUCUAAAACUGAAGCGGCUACAUGUCGAUCAGUGGUCCAUUCGUGAACAACUUGCAUUGGCAUCAUCGGUCCUUCGCAGUGGGGACCAAAAUUGGGCAUCUGUGAGCAGGGCCAUCAAACCGUACGGAGAGAAGGACAGACCGAACGAUUGGUUCUCUCAAAAGAACUGCGCCCUUCAGUACGAGAAACUGCUGGAGAAUGUCUAGGUUCCCAAACGCCGGAGAGGCGACAAGGACGAGGAAUCAAAGCCUUUUACUCCAGGCGAGCUUAUUGUUGAGAAGCUCCGGUCUCAGAGGCUGGAGGAAUUGCAGGCUGCGAUGGAGAACGUGAAGAAGCAGUAUGCAAAGACGAAACAAGAGUAUAUAAAAGUCAGUGUAAACGCGUCAGAGGAGUACCUUGACAAGAUGAUAGCUAAGAUGGAUGAGGAAGCUAAACAGGAGGAAGAAAAGAAAAAGCAGCAUAAAAUCUGGUUGAAAGAGAGGGAAGAAAAAAUCAACGAGAUUCAACGAGCCUGGCGACCACAUUCAUUCUUGAGAAAGAAGACACUGGAGAUGAGCGCGAGCAGCGACGCUGAAAUCUCGCAGGACAGCGUGCUGAGCGAAGGCAUUUCUGUUGAGCAGCUGUCCGAGGAGCAAAAGCCGACGCCUGCGACCCCAACGUCGCCCCUGCUCACCCACAUGCUCCAGAGCACUGCCACGGUCUCUCAGUCGUCAAUUUUUCAUUCUGUCAUAAUGGCGCAGCGACAGACGAGUGGCAAACCAACCAUUGGCAGUCUGUUGGCCACGUCCACACCUGUCAAGAGAGACGUCGCUUCUUUCCUGCCAGUUGUGUCCAGCUUGGCCUCUAGUUCUGUGGCAGGUACUGAGCAGCAGCAGCAGCAACAACAACAACAACAACAACAGCCAGCUGCAGGGAUGAGGUAAAAGAUAUAAUGGCUUAUUAGCAUUUACUGAUGAGCAAGUCCAGCAAGUGGGAAACGAUAUAAGGAAGCAAACGUCACGAUGUGUCAGUAGACGAAUCGGCUCCACCAACAAAAAAGAAGUUUGUCACCUUCUUCAGUGACUCGUCAGACGAAGAAUCGUAGUUUAAUAGUGGUUUAUUGAUUUCGCUGUGUAUGUCUAUAAUGAAACUCAAUAAAUGAUUAAUCUUUGUCAAAAUUA